AACAGCUGAUUUUUGCUUGAAAUUAAUUAUCUCGAUCAGGACAGAGAUAAUAAUUCUUAAAAAUCAUUCUCAACAAUGCUGGAUAAAGUGAAAAAUGUAAUUGUUGUCCUUUCGGGCAAAGGAGGCGUUGGCAAAUCAACAGUUAGCACACAAUUGGCCCUGGCUUUGCGUCACACUGGGCAUAAGGUUGGCUUAUUAGAUAUAGAUCUCUGUGGUCCCAGUGUUCCGUAUCUGCUGGGUCUCGAGGGCAGUGAUAUCUAUCAAUGUGAUGAUGGUUGGGUACCCAUCUAUACCGAUGAGAGUAAAACGCUGGCCGUAAUGUCCAUUGGUUUUCUUCUAAAGAGUCGCACGGAUCCGGUCAUUUGGCGUGGUCCAAAGAAAACAAUGAUGAUUAAACAAUUCCUACAAGAUGUUAAAUGGGAUGAAUUGGAUUAUUUGAUUAUCGAUACACCACCAGGAACAUCGGAUGAGCACAUCACUGUGAUGGAAUGCCUACGCGAAGUACCAUGUAAUGGUGCCAUCAUUGUGACCACACCACAAGGUGUCGCCCUGGAUGAUGUACGCAAGGAGAUAACGUUUUGUAAAAAGACAGGCAUUAAACUAUUGGGUAUUGUGGAGAAUAUGAGUGGAUUUGUCUGUCCCCAUUGCACAACAUGCACAAACAUCUUUUCAUCCAAUGGCGGCAUCGAACUGGCUAAUUUAGCCCAAAUACCUCAUUUGGGUACAUUGCCCAUAGAUCCACGUGUUGGCAUUUUAGCCGGGACAACAGCUUCGGUUUUAAGUGAAUUACCAGAAUCGAGUACUGCUGAAGUUCUUAAAGGACUUGUACAACAUUUGGAUACUCUAACGGCUCAGGGUUAAAGUAUAUUUCAAAGUGUUUUUUCUUUUUUUUCUUUUGAUAAUUAAUUUAAGUAUAAAAAUGUACAAAAAAC